AUGAGCAGCGCCACAGAUGACAUCGUCUCUCUAUUUCGCGGCCAUGUAGCGGCUCUCGCCAAGCAAGAUUGGGCCACAAUCACGGCCAGGCUUCAUCCAGAGCUGACUCGGAAUCACCGGCCUCAAACCGCCGAGCAGUAUGUCAAUCAAGCGAAGGAAGGAUUUAAAGCGCUCCCCGACCUACAUGUCACGGUGGACCAGGUAUUUGCCGAUAAAAGCAACAGCUUCGUUUUCGGUCGCCUGAUCGUGCGUGGCACCCUCAAGCAAGAGUUUAUGGGAAUCAAGCCCUCUGGACGCCCCUUUGAGUUUUCGGAACUCACGUUUUAUGAGUACAAGGAUGGUAAAGUUCUGCGAAUCUUGACAGCUACGGAUAAAGAGUCGAUAAAGAACCAAGUCGAAAGCCUUACCCGGACGCCAUUCGAUACAGGAUACGGCUAUGAGCUUCCUGAGCAAGUGACCGGGUUGAAGGAGAAAUUUAUAAAAUUCAUCGAAUGUGUAACCAAAGACAAUGCCAGGGAAUCUAUUCUCGAAUAUAGUGCUCCAGAAGUAUUGUUUAAUGGGAUACAAAAGGUCAAGGCAGAGGAGAUAAUUCAACAGAAUCUUGUCUUACAAGACGCCCUCACAGAGUUGAAAGUGGAAGUUGACGGGCUGGUUGUUGACGAAGAACACCAGCGGGUUGGUUCUGCUUAUUUCGUCACUGGACGAGUUGCCAAACCCUACAAAGGCUUUUUGCCAGGCCAACUGUUUCAACAAUACAAUUACGUUAUUCAUUUCAUUAAUGGGGAUGGGAAACUCGGGGCGAUAAUAUCAGUAGUAGAAAGCGAGAGGGCUAUCGAAUGA